AUGGUAUCGCCUGAUAACCGACUUGGUGCACAGGGCGCCUCUGCCCCUGCCCAUGCUAUCAAUUGCCAGGUUCCGCGAAAACGACCUGGUUCUUGGGACAACAACCUAUCACCAGCUGGAAACCGGGCUGUAAAGAAGCGAGCACUCAGGGCUUGCGUCUCGUGUCGAGAUCGUAAGGUGCGGUGCGACGUUGUCAACGGCGGAGUGCCAUGCACCAACUGUCGGCUCGACGACGUCGACUGCGUCCUAAAGGCGUCAAAUCGAGGCAAGCACAAUCCCUCUAAACGUCAGCACCGCUCGAGUUUGGCGUUGAAUGCCACAGCUACGAGAGCAUCCUCACCUCUCGUUAAUAUAAACACGGACGCUGACACAGCCGCGUCUGGGUCUGCACCUGGCUCAGUUCCCACCACUGUCUUUUGCGCUGGCCCUGACCACAGCUCUGUGGCUGCUGGUCAGCCUCAAGAGCGCCACGUUAGCCAGCCACUGGCUCAUGAUGAUGAAGAAACGAUAUGCGAAGAUGACCAAGACGAGAACAACAGCUGGCACGACCGGCAAGAAGCAGAACAAACACGAUUAACACACGAGGCCCAGUCCCAACCGAACGGCACCGUACAUGAGGCGCAUUGCGAACAACAGCCACAGAAGCAACCUAAACAAGGGGCUGCGAUACGCUCAACGCCCUCCUCUCAGCCUGCCAACCCAACAACAUCUGACUAUCUGGUGGCUCUCGCUUUUCAAGGAUGGACUGAACAAGACACUGCAGAGGCCCCUGCUUCUCUAUCAAGAAUAGACGAUGUCGGCGUCUCAGCGAACACGCCUCAUACAAACCAAAACCAAGGUGAUUCGCAAUACCAUCUACCAUCAUAUAUCAGCCCCUUUCCUUCUCAUCUGGACAAGCAUGACUUUGAGUUUUUAGCUCGCAAGGACUGCCUGACUAUACCCGAUAAUCAGCUACGAGAUGAGCUUAUCCGGAUCUAUGCCUUUAUAGUCUAUCCCUUUAUGCCUGCCAUUGAUCUUAUAGACUUUCUUGAACCUAUUACAGGAUCAAGUGAGGGUGCUACUGUUAGUCUAUUAUUGUUCCAGGCUAUUAUGUUCUCCAGCGUUACGUUUGUUGAUAUUCAACUAUUGCAAAGUCAUGGCCUCGAGAGCAAGAGAGCAGCCCGAAAAGUCUUCUUUAACCGGGUGAAGCUUCUCUAUAGUCUAGGUUAUGAGACAGACCGUUUAACUCUGGUACAGUCGCUGCUCCUCAUGACAUACUGGUACGACUCCGACAGUGACGACAAGCAUACGUGGUACUGGAUGGGCCUCGCUCUUACUACAGCGCACAUAGAAGGACUCCAUCGCGACCUCGAGGAGCCGCAGCAGAUGACCAAGAAAAGACGGCUGCGACGCCGGAUAUGGUGGUCCUGCGUGAUACGAGAUCGACUGCUUGGGCUCGGCCUUCGUCGCCCUUCCAGAAUCCGGGAGGAUGAGUUCAGUGUCGAACUGUUACGACUUGAUGAUUUUGACAUUUCGGCUCCACCGCCACCUGCAGUCGCUAGGUUGCUCGUGGCUCCAAGCUACACGGGUAAAGAUCCAGUAAACCGUCAGAGAAUGGCCACCCUCUGUAUAGACCUCAGUCAACUGUGUAUUACGAUUGGGCGGAUUCUCCACUCCCAGUACACCAUUGCUAGCACGCCAGGGGGGGGCUCUAACUACCUGCGAAGAGCGAUCGUUCGACCCAGAAGCUUGAAGGAGCAGGCCAACAGCUUUGCAAAAUGCGAUGCUGAUCUCCAAGAGUGGUUUCAGAAUCUCACGUCAGAGUCUCGCUAUGUGCUUGGAGCCCGAGAUGAAGGGACCGCCACUGCGCAGGUGGAAAACUCCACGAUCAGGCUGCACAAGAUUCUGCUCUAUAUGAAAUAUCUCACGGCGAUUGGGGCCUUACAUCGGCCCCAGGUCUUCUACAGUGGCUCAGAUAGCAUCGAUUCGACACGCAAAGUAGAGUCAAGGCGCAAGCUAACUGAGGCCGCCGUGGCCAUUACCAAGCUUGCCUUUGAUCUACAGUCCAACGGCCAGAUGUGCUACGCGCCAACGAGUAGCAUCCCAGCGUUCCUAUCCGCGGUUUUGAUACACUUACUGAACAUACGUUCUCCAGAUGAGGAAACGCGGAACAUCAGCAUUGGUCGCUUCUGUCAGUGCCUUGAUGCAUUGCAUCAACUACAGAAUAUGUAUACGGCUGCCGACGAGGCGGUACAGAUCAUCAACAACAUGCUACAGAAUGCUGGCUUCAUGCUGCCUUUGCUUGGUAUAGGGAACUCGAUGUCAAAGGCUAGGAGCUCAAUGACGGGCGACAGGGUGUUCGCCGGUGGCGGCCCAAACAGAGCCACAGCAAAGAACUCGAGGCUGUUUUCAGAGACGGGGCCCAGUCGAGUUGCAACCGCAUAUCCAAGCCCGGUCCCUGCAGAAGGAAACCCGGUCGCCUCCCAAGAAGAAACGAUAUCCACGCCGAUCCCUGGAGCAGGACCAACGGGCGAUGCUCUUUGUAGGCAACCUUCAGGACAACCAUCAGCAGGCCCAAAUAUGAACCCAUCCGCUACACCAAACUUAAUGAAUAUCUGGAGCGCUGCAGGCUACAUGCACUCUGAGAGAGAUAUACCACUUCCCGCAGACCUGAUGGCUGGCAUCCAACUUGAUUUAGAUGCCUGGUAUAAUAUAGGGGAUAUCGUUGAUCCAGCCUUGAUGAACUUUGAUAUAGGGCUAGACUUUUUAAACUCUUAA